AUGGGGCUGCCCUGCAGACAAGCUGCUCCUGAAUGUUCGGGCAGCCUUCGUGCAGCGUGUGAGCACAGCGGUCACCUGCUGGCCAAGGGCGUGCUGAGCCUGGAGGAGCCAGAAGAGGUGCAGAAUGGACACAUGGCGCGCACUGGGAAGGCUGACCUCAUGGACAGCAUGAACCUGAAGGGCCUCAGGGCCAGCCAGGUCUUCAUCGACAGCCUCAGGGGGUGUGAUUGCACCUUGACAGAGCAGCUUGGCCUGGCUGCUGACUUGGAUCUAUCCUCUACCCUUCUGCUGCGAGAUAUGCAAACCCAAGUGGCCCUGCUCAUCUGAAACAUUGAGUUUGAGCACCUGAGCUGGGAGGACGGGGCUGAAGUAGACGUGGAGGGGAUGACAAGGCUGUUGGAGGGGCUGGGCUAUGUGGGGAUGGCUAUGGUCAUGGAGGAAUUUGCAGAUCGCAAAGAGCAGCACACCUCUGACAGCACCUUCCUAGUCUUCAUGUCUUAUGGAGUCAGGGCUGGGCUCUGUGGGACCAAAAGCAGAAGCAAGACCUCAGACAUCCUUUCCUUCGACACCAUCUAUGAGAAAUUCAACAAGCACUGCCAGGCACUGCUGGGCAAACCCAAAGUGGUCAUUAUCCAGGCCUGCCAUGGAGGCAAUACAGGGUCUGUGAUAGUGAGCAACUCCGAAGAGUCUGACAGGUCCACUCCAAGCUUGGCUGACAGCAUCUCUGCAGGGCUGGAAGAUGACACAGUCUGUGAAGUCCACCUCAAGAGUGAUUUUGCCACUUUACAUUCCUCCACACCUGAUACUGUCUCCUGGAGACACCCAGUAACAGGCUCCCUUUUCAUCCAGCACCUGAUAGAGCAGUUUCAAAACCACGCCUGUACCAGCAGCCUACAGGAACUCUUCUGAAAGGUCCAGUAUUCCUUUGACAAAUUCCCUCAGCGGUUGCCAUCACAAGAACAGACUACAAUGCUCAGGAAGUUCUACCUUUUCCCAGGCCGCUGA